CGGAUGAUUGAUCAUACCUACCAGCUGACUAAUAUCAUAAUUAAUAAAGUUGCUUCCACCUCAGUGAAGUUUAAUCGAAAGAUUUGCUGGCAGUAUGAUGACAUUGUCACAAAAAUCUCUGCCAUGGCUGUAUCAACAUCUGCUCUUGUGGAGCUACAAAACUAUAUUGACAGACUGAGAAGCGUGGAGCUACCGGAGAUUCAGGAAAAACUGGCAUUGGCGGCAGAAAAUCUGCUUUUCCUAAUGGACUAUGCAUCCUUAUCAAAAGAGGACAUAAUUCUUAACGGAAACACAUUUUCCUGGCCUCAGAGAAUCAUGCCUAUCAUUAGCAGCAGUGAGACACGACUGCAGAGGGAGCAUGAUGUGGCUCUGGCAAGGCUCGCACAGUGGCAGAAGGAUUUCACAAAGCGCUUGGCUAAUGUACUCAUUGAGGUGAAAGGCUUCCAGAAGAAAGACCGGAUGACUGAAGCCACUUCUAAUGUACAGAAGCUCAGCUCCAUCAGCAGGAGAAUACAGGACUUUAUGGAAGAGAAAUCUCUAAUUAAUAAAGAGGAGAUGCUUUUAGGAGUUGAGCAAAUAAGCAUGUUCAAUCAGAUAUCUGAAAUAUGUAGAUUUAAGGAGCCCUAUCAAGAAUUAUGGACGACCGCUGCACAUUUUGGCACAUGUUAUGAGAAAUGGAUGAAUGGUCCUCUUCUACAGGUCAAUGCAGAAAAGGUGGAGGAGGAGGUGCAGAAUUUAUGGAAGACUAGUUACAAACUGACAAAAGCAUUUUAUCACCCGGACUUACACGGACCUCUUAAAGUCGCUACCACCAUUAAGACCAAGCUUGAGAAGUUUAAGAUCAACAUGCCUCUUGUAACAGCUUUGUGUACACCAGGGAUCAAGCCAAGACACUGGAACCUAAUGAACGAAAAG